UAUAUUCAUAUGGGAUUAAAGAUUUUGCAAGACACAGCAGAAGAAGAGAGUAUGAGGUAAACGAUGAAAUUAAGAGAAUUUAGGGUUUGUGGGGAAGGGCUACGAAGAAGAUGGAUGAGCAGCGCGGUGCUGAGCUUUGGGGAUGGGAGCCAGGGGGCUCUCGGACUGCCUUCCUCUCUGACGGGUCUUGCUGUUGACGCUUAUGAGCCCACGCCGGUCCCUGCGCUCCCCCCUGAUGUUACCAGUCUCAGUGCCGGACACUACCACUCUUUGGCUGUAACUUCCCAAGGUCAGCUGUGGGCUUGGGGUCGAAACAACGAAGCCCAGCUCGGCCGUGGUCUUCUUGCUCCCAGGUACAUUACUGAUUGUCAAAAUUUGAGCUUUGGCAGAGAUUCUUGGAAUGAGCCGAAGAGAGUGCAAGGGCUGGACAAAGUGAAUGUUUGCGCUGCAUUUGCAUCCGGGGUAAUUUCUGCAGCCAUUGGAGAUGAUGGGUCUUUAUGGGUCUGGGGAAAGUCUAAGCGUGGACAGCUUGGUCUUGGAAAAGGAAUCGUUGAGGCUGUAGCACCUUCCAGGGUUGAAGCGCUUGCUGGAGAAAAGAUAGCCAAGGUGUCAUUUGGUUGGGGGCAUACACUUGCACAAACUGAGGAUGGGAAUUUGUUUGUCUGGGGUUAUUCAGCUGAUGCUAGGAUAGGGAAGGUUGGGGAAUCUUUCGAGAGGUCUCGUCUGGAUUCGAGUGUGGGUAUACCAGAAAACAAAGGACAACUCUCAAGCUCGGCAUUCGAAGCUGCCGAGAAGCUGGUUUUAGAAGGAAUGAAGGAGGAGGAAAACAUGCCAAUUGUCUGGGAACCUUGUUUAGUGGAGCAAUUACAUGGUGUUGAAGUCACAGACAUUGCGUGUGGGCUAGAUCAUUCCACGGUUCUCUACCGUAAUGGCACCCUGUUGAGCUGUGGAAGUAACGUAUAUGGUCAGCUGGGCAGAGUAAAUCAAGAUUUGGGAAUGUUGCCAGUUGACAUAGCCAUUGUUCCUGUGUCUAUAGCGGCAGGUCUUGGCCAUUCUUUGGCAAUUUGCAGGGUUUCAUCAUCGGAUACAAUAGAAGAUGCUACGAGUAUUGUUUCGUGGGGAUGGAAUCGGAGCUUUCAGCUUGGAAGGACAGGACCAGAGCAUAUCCCAUUGAUGGUUGAAGGGUUAGCUGAUGAAAUUCCAGUCUCUGUGUCAGGGGGGCGUGCACAUUCCGCUGUUCUCACAUCUAAGGGAGAGGUGUGGGUUUGGGGCUGUGGUAAGAAUGGCAGGCUUGGGUUAGGAAGCUCCAGUGAUGAAGCUGAGCCAAUUUUGCUAGACUCUUUACAAGGUUGCGAGGUUAUACAAAUUGUGUCAGGCUUUGAUCAUAAUCUUGUCUUGAUUGCUGAAUAAUGUUAGCCUGAAUAGAAUAUUGGUUGUGAUAAACAAACAUUCCUAUGGUUUGGCUC